AUGGCAGGUCGUCAAACGGUUCAUCAGGAAUCCACCGCUGGUUUCACCGGUGCGAACUCACCCAUUACCCUUCCCGCCAUCAAUAAUGACAAGUCUUGGAAAAUCCCGUCCUACAUUUUUGCCGUUAUCACCAACUCGUGCCAAUUUCACGGUCGUGAUGACGAGGAUGCCCCAGCUCACAUCAGCCGCCUCACCCGCCUCUGCAGCACCUUUUCCAUUGAAGGUGCCAACCUUGACGCUCGCUUCCUCCUGGUCUUCCCAUUCUCACUCGCAGGCCGCGCAGCCACCUGGCUUGAUUCACAACCCGCGGGUACGUUUACCACAUGGGCCACCCUUCGAGAUGCCUUCCUUGCCAAAUAUUUCCCACCCGCCAAAGCAUCUCGUCUUCGUGAUCAGAUCCAUUCAUUCCGGAUGGAGCCUGACGAACCCUACCACCUAGCUUGGGAAAGAUUCCAAACCCUACUCUCUCGUUGCACUCAACAUGGGUUAUUUGAUUGGGCACUUGUAGAGAAAUUCUACAACGGUCUCACUCCAGAGACUCGAGCCCGUUUUGACACUUCAGCAGGAGGCCACCUCCUAGGUAAGAAAACAGUGGCCGAAUGCAAUGACCUUUUUGAGAGUUUCGCCCAUUCCGACAUUGAUCUAUGCCCCAUCAGCAGGACUUCCACUCCUGUGUCUAGUACUUCCUCGGCCGGUCGAGGAGUACACCAAGUUAGCUUGGAUACAUCGAUGGCCGCGACGAUGGAAAACCUUGAGAGAAAGCUUAAUAGUAGGAUGAACGAUUUAGAGAGGAGGUUCGAUAGGUGUGAGGUGUGUAGAGGGGGUCACGAUACUAUAGAUUGUCCCACACUCACUGUUGAGCAGGUAGAGUUCAUAGCCAAUAGAGGUCCAACGAACCCUUUCAACAAUUCAAAUUUAGGGUCCAAUUGGCGUAGUAACAAUAACACCUUCUGCUCUUCCGGUAAUCCCCCCGGUUUCCAAUCAAUUUCGAAUCAAAACAGGGGACAUGAUUAUUAUUCUAGUGGGGGUUCGAAUCAGCAGGGUCAGUUUGGUAGUUCAGGUUUAGUAGGUCAGUUAAAUAGUGGGGGGUCAAACAGUCAAAGUUCAAACAACCAAGAUUUGGGUAGUGGUCUAGAUGAGAUUAAAGCUAUGUUAUCCCAAAUACUAGUUAAGAAUCAAGCAACCGAAAGGGCCUUAGAAGCAACCCAAAGGGCCUUAGAGGCCACUCAAAGAACCUUAGAGGAUCAUUCCAUAUUUUUAAAGAACAAUCACUCCAACUUUUUAGACCUUCAAAGGCAAGUCAGUGACAUAAAUAGUCAAUUGCAAGAAAGGUCUUCCGGUCAGUUCUCGGGUAACGCCCAACCUAACACAACCAAUCAUCACGUUAAAGCUAUAUCUACUAGGUCGGGUCUAGAGUUAAGAGAGGUUGGUUCACCACCGGUUCGAAUAGAGGCAGUGGCAUCGGUGGGGGAGAGUAAAGGAUGUGAGAGAAUAGAGACAGAGAGGGAUCCACCCGAUAGGAGAGUAGAGGAUCUUGAAAAAAUAGUACAGUGUUUAGAAUCGAAGCUAGAAGCACUGAGUGAAGCUCAGUGUGGGGAUAGAUUUAGGUUUGAAACAUUUAAGUUCAAACCGCCUGAUGAUGAAUUGAGAGGUUGUGAGAGGUAUGAGGAGGUUUGGAGAGAUUCGGGUAAUCAUAGGUAUGAUGGUGCUACAGCCCGUGAGAUUUGGUACACAGGUGAGCCGCGUUUACAUGAUCCUCCGUGA